CUUGCCGGGACCGCCGCCGUGGUUUCCUUGGCGACCGGCGCGCGCCCUGAGCGGAGGUGAGGAGAUGCUGGUUCGGCGGCCGCGUGACCCCCUGCAAUCGUUGCAUCGCCGCGGCCAGGAGCUAAAGCAGCAGGCCCUUUUUUCUUCAGCCUUGCUCCAGUGGAGGCUGUUAUUGCUUCACGUGAAUUCAAGCAAAGUAGACGAAGAAUAGUCCUCAUGUAGAAGAAUCCAACAAAAGUAUGUGCCUCUUUUGUGGAUACAUUGGCAAAGUUAAAUGUAGUGUUUGGAAAAUACUAAGUCAAGUUAUAAGAACAAGGAUAAAAAAAACGUGGUUAAUAGUUUGCUUUUUGAGAGUCGAUUAAAAGGAGCUCUAGAAGCCAGUAAAAGGAGAGAGAUUUACCAAAGGUGUAUCCAAUUGAAACAGACAAUUGAUGAAAAUAAAAAUGCUCUUCAAAAAUUAAACAAAGCCGAUGAACUUGCACCUGUCGGAGACUAUCAUCAGAAAAAGGAAAAGGAGCACUAUCUCUUGGAUAGACUUACUCACCAGCUGCAGGAACUUGCCAUGUCCUUAAGUGGAGAGAAUAUAACAGAAAUUGGGGCACUUAGAGAAGAAGAGGGUGUUUCUGCUGAAGAAGAUGAAGACGACAGUGAAGAAGAAAGUGAAGAAAGUGAUGGGGAGGAAAAAGAAAUAGAAAAGGAGGAGGAGGAGAAACAGGAAAAUGAAGCUCACCAAUGGACAAGUAGAGAAUACAUUGCUGUUGAAGGUUUUGCUACUCAGCAGGCUGGGGAUCUGACAUUCAAGAAAGGAGAAAUUCUCUUUAUAAUUGAAAAAAGCCCUGAUGGUUGGUGGAUGGCUAAGAAUGCCAGAGGAAACAUAGGUCUUGUUCCCAGAACCUACCUGGAGUCGUAUCAUAAAGAAGAAGGCCAAGAGUCAAGUGAAGAAGUCAGUGAAGAAGAUUUGGAGGUGGGGGCUGAGACAGCAGAGGGAGUGGAAGUUAAACAAAGAACAGAUUAUCAUUGGAAUGCUGUCCGAAAAGCUCUCUCAGAGCAGAUAAGCACUGUUGAUGUGUUAACCACGAUGGGAGCUAUUCCUGCAGGAUUCAGGCCUUCCAUGCUCUUCCAGCUUCUGGAGGAAGGGAAUCAGUUUCGAGCAAGUUACUUCUUACAGCCAGAGCUCGCUCCUUCACAGCUGGCCUUCAGAGAUCUCAUAUGGGAUGCUAAGACAGGCACUAUUAGGUCGAGACCAAGUCGUGUUUCAUUGAUUCUGACCCUGUGGAGCUGUAAAAUGAUUCCUCUUCCGGGAGUGAGCAUCCAGGUUCUCAGCAGACACGUGCGCCUCUGCCUGUUUGAUGGUAAUAAGGUUCUGAGCAACAUUCAUACAGUCAGAGCCACGUGGCAACCUAAAAAGCCCAAAACAUGGAACUUUUCUCCCCAGAUUACUGGUAUCUUGCCCUGCUUGCUUGAUGGUGAUUGUUUUCUUAGGUCCAAUUCUUCAUCUCCAGAUCUUGGAAUAUUAUUUGAACUUGGAAUUUCUUAUAUUCGCAAUUCAACGGGUGAAAGAGGAGAAUUAAGUUGUGGCUGGGUGUUUCUUAAACUUUUUGAUGGCAGUGGAAUUCCUAUGCCAGCAAAGACUUACGAACUCUACCUGAAUGGUGGCACCCCUUAUGAAAAAGAUAUUGAAGUGGACCCUUCAGUAUCCAGAAGAGCACAUGGGAAUGUUUUCCAUCAGAUGAUGACAAUGAGAAGGCAGCCUCAUCUUCUGGUAAAACUGAGAACUUUGAACAGAAGAUCGAGAGACAUACUCAGUCUACUGCCGGAAACAUUAAUUGGAAGUAUGAGCUCCAUUCAUUUGUUGAUAUUUUAUCGCCAAAUUCUUGGAGAUGUGCUCCUGAAAGACAGGAUGAGCAUGCAGAGUGCUGAGUUUAUCAGUAAUCCCGUGCUGGCCACCUUCCCCAAGCUCUUGGAGCAGCCUGAUGUGAUGGAUGCACUCAGGAUUUCAUGGGCUGAGAAAGAAAGCACAUUGAAAAGAUCAGAGAAGAAAGACAGAGAGUUCCUGAAAACUCUGUUUCUCCUCGUUUACCAUGACUGCGUGGUCCCCCUUCUCCAUUCAACACUCCUGCCGCCAUUCAGGUGGGCAGAAGAAGAGACUGAGGCUUCACGAUGGAAAGUCAUUGCAGACUUCCUGAAGCAAAACCAAGAAAACGAGGGCUCCCUCCAAGCUCUGUUGUCACCAGAUGGAGUCCAUGAACCUUUUGACAUUUCGGAGCAGACCUAUGACUUCCUGUGUAAGAUAAGAAAGAAAGCAGCCUGACAUGACCUCCAUGACCCCCAGCUUCCCACCAAAUCUCAUGGACCCUCCAUGAUGUCCUGAAUAAAGUGACAGAACCAAAAUAACUGUCACAUUUAACUUAGGCUUUACUCUUCUUUGUACAGACCACAUUCUAUAAAAAAUAUUUAUGGUAAGUCGAAUUUGUUUUAAUACAAUAAAAUAAGUUUUUAUAAGGAGCACUGUUAUAUUUAAAUUUAAAGAUAAUUAUUUUUAAAAACCAGCUAACUUAAAUUUAAAUUUACUGUACUUAUAGAUUUGUAUAAAAGCAAGACUUUAUCAAAAGCUGAAUUUAUGAUGAUUCAAGUAAGUGAAAAUUUGGAAUUGAAGAUAUUUGCAGAUCAUAUAACUGAUACAUCUAGUAUCAAGAAUAUAUAAAUAUGUGAUUAUUGCUAAUGGGAUUUAUUUUCUGAAAUGAAUGGAGAAAUCAGAGUAACCUAUUUGAGAAAGUUAUGUUGUUAAUCACUUAAUUCAGUCUAAGAUUUGAAUGUUAUUUAUCUUAAUUAGAUAUAAAGGAAGAGUUUUGCCUUUUCAAGUCCA